AUGCUUGGAGCCGACCAGCAUUGGCCCCUGUGGGAAGAAGGUCCACUCGAUGGAGCCUUUGAAUUGAGCACGCCGGGUGGCAAACUGGACAAUGCCAUCGUUACGAAAGUUGAGCGCCCGUUUCUGUUUGGCUUUCGUCCAGCUCAACCCAACGGACGAGGCAUGCUCAUUCUCGCUGGUGGAGGCUACGUGGAGCUCUGUGUUGGCCGUGAAGGCAUCGCCGUUGCAAAGUGGCUGACCAGCCUUGGAUUCUACGCCUUUGUUCUUGUCCACCGCUUUCCAAAUGCCCAGAGCAGUCCCUCAGCGCCUGUGGAUGACGCUAGACGCGCAUUCAAGCUGAUGGCAGAAAGCGACCUUGCUCCGAAGGGAUUGGGUAUUUGUGGCCUUUCAUCUGGUGGCCAUCUCGGCGCUGCGCUUCUUGCCAAAUAUCCCCAGUCAUGGACUUCUCCUGAUGCAGAGUUGCCUACAACACAGUUCGCCAUUUUGGGAUACGGCCCAAUCUCGACAAACGCUGUGGGCCGUACUAUCAUUCAGAAUAAACCACCCCUCCCGCCUGUGGAGAAGCAGGCUCUGUACGACGCGGUACAACCCGAUGUCCAACUCAACUCUCCAGCGCCUCCGACAUUCAUCGUGUAUUCCAACAACGAUCCGGUCGUCCCUGUUGUCAACGCUUACCGUCUUGCCGAGGGAAUAACCAAGGCUGGAGGUCCUGUUGAGCUUCACGUCUUCGCAGAUGCCCCGCAUGGCUUUGCCCUCGACACGCCAGACCAACCUGUUUCAGACUGGCCAUUGAUGUGUGAAAAGUGGCUUCGACAGAAUAAAUGGAUAGAAUAG